AUGCCGUGGCUUUGGGAGGUGCUGGACGCAUUUCCGCCUGUGAGCCGUUACGAUUGGAACAGGCUUUUCUCUACCGUUCUAGCUAACGAGCUGGCUGGCAAUUUUUGGAGUAUCAAAGACGAAGAACUUGCCGAUACCCUCUACACUCUUCUUGACUCUGAUGACUCUGUUUUUGGCGAAUGUCAUCAAAGUCAGGAUGUCAAAUUCGCCACGGAGGCGAAAGCCUUGCUGGACAGACACCAAAAAGAGGCGGACGAGAAAAUCGCUAGUGGCCUGUGGCCUAGUCGAGAAGAUCCUGGCCUUAGAGGCUUAAGGAAUCGGAAGCGGGUUUGGAACGAUAUUGAAGAGAUCAUUCGGCGUAUCAAGAACCUGAACGGAUCGACCAUCCUGGAAAGUUAG